AUGAACGGCACAGAAGCAAGAAGAUCGACGGAAACAGAGUUCGUAGGCUGGGUCCCCGAAGAUUCAAACCGCGGCACAUGGUCUCUCAUCACGUCGUGUCUAUUCACCAUCGCCAUCUGCACUUGGACGGCCAUUCAUCCACGUAUCCAUGUCUCUCGCCAGCUUCGGCAUCAGCACAAGUUCUACCAACUUGUCAAAGCUGUCCUGGCACCUGAAAUGUUCAAGACAGUGCAUGGCUUCUACCUCUGCAUGAUGGGUGUACGCUAUAAUUCCGGCUGUAAUGGGGGUUACCGAACUCUCUGGACAGGCCAGUAUGCCUGGCUCUUGAAUAACGGUCUGGUAUCAUGGCAAGAUCACAAGAGUUGGGGCCUUGCCAAGGAGGAGAUCGCUGACAAGAACAAGGCUGACGGUCUGGUGAAACUGGCUGCUCUUCUUCAGGUCGUAUGGUUCACAGUGCAGUGCAUCACGCGCUCAGCUCAUCAUCUUCCUUUGGCAACUAUCGAGACCAUGACGCUGGCCUACGUGUUCAACGGCCUAGUCACGUAUGCUUUCUGGUGGGAGAAGCCCAAGGAUAUCGUCACCGCCUCCUUUGUCAACUUGCCAGAAAUGACUCCUCUUCAGUGGGAUAGGUUCGAGAGUCUGGCAAUGGAAAACACCUUUGACGUUUCCGAUCCCAGUCAAAAACAUGACAACUCCAUCGCUUGGUACGUUGUGCCGCGUGAUUGUCGAGACGAUGAGAUUGGGAUAAUGGAGGAUCCAGAACGAACUGCGGAUGAAAGCGUUUCCAUAACUGAGCCUAACUGCAGAAAGAUCGAAUCGAUUGUCACUGAAGUCGAGGCCGGCAACGUCAUCACUGAGUGGGACUCGAAUCUCUACAUGACAAGAUACUGGCCACUUCUUUGCCUAUUAGGGGCAUCCUUUGGAGCCAUUCAUCUGAUAUCAUGGACUUCCUCUUUCCCGUCAGAGGCAGAGCGUUGGCUAUGGCGAUUCAGUGCUCUUGUUUCAGUUAUCACAUCCGUUGUCUGUAUGCAGUUCAGGAAGAUGAGUCUUAUAUGGGAUGGGCCGUUGACUGUUAUCAAGGUUGCAAGUCCAUUGCUUUAUCUUGUAACACGAGUUGUUAUGGCAGUGGAAGCUUUCGUGGGGUUACGAGCUAUGGAGCCAACGACUUACGACACGUAUGCACUAACCAACUAUUGGUUUCACUUGUUAUGA